CCCCCGCCGCCCCACCGGCCCCGACCCGCCCAUCUUCGGGCCGGCGACGAGGAGGAGAAGGCGGACGACGACGAGCUGGCCCCCCUGCUGGACGAGGCCGCAGAGAGGCAGGGGCCCGCCCUGACCCCGGACGAGAUCAAGAUGGGGGGCGGGGGCUCUCCGGGCUGGGACACGGACACGGAUGACGAGGAGGAGGCCCGAGCUAACGUGCGGGUGGUGACGCUGCCCCUGCAGGCCCACCACGCCAUGGAGAAGAUGGAGGAGUUUAUGUACAUGGUGUGGGAGGGCCGCUGGAGGGUCAUCCCUCACGACGUGCUGCCCGACUGGCUCAAGGACAACGACUUCCUGUUGCACGGACACCGCCCGCCCAUGCCCUCUUUCCGCGCCUGCUUCCGCAGCAUCUUCCGCCUGCACACAGAGACCGGCAACAUCUGGUCCCACCUCCUUGGCUGUCUGUUCUUCCUGGUCCUGGGCAUCGGCUAUAUGUUCAGCCCCAACACCAACUUCGUGGCACCGGUGCAGGAGCGGGUGGUCUUUGGCGUCUUCUUCCUGGGGGCCAUCUUGUGUCUCAGCUUCUCCUGGCUCUUCCACACCGUUUACUGCCACUCCGAGAAGGUCUCCCGCACGUUUUCCAAGCUGGACUACUCGGGCAUCGCUCUCCUGAUCAUGGGCAGCUUUGUGCCCUGGCUCUACUACUCCUUCUACUGCCACCCCCAGCCCCAGGUCAUCUACCUCGUCAUCAUCUGCGUGCUGGGCACCACUGCCAUCCUGGUCUCCCAGUGGGACUACUUCGCCACGCCGCAGUACCGGGCCGUCCGGGCAGGGGUGUUCCUGGGGCUGGGCCUAAGCGGGCUGGUGCCCACGCUGCACUUCAUGCUGGCCGAGGGCUUCUUCCGAGCCACCACAGUGGGCCAGAUCGGUUGGCUGUUCCUCAUGGCCUUGCUUUACAUCCUGGGGGUCGCCCUGUACGCUGCCCGAGUCCCCGAGAGGUUCUUUCCAGGGAAGUGCGACAUCUGGAAGAAGCGGAAGCAGCAAGUGGCCCCGGGGGAGGAGCCGAGGAUCCCGCAGCCACCGGAGGACAAGGGCCCCCGCCACAAGCGCGUCAAACCGGUGCUGUCGGGCGGACCCCCGCACAAGGGCACGCCCCUGCAGAGGCUCAGCCAAUCCAUCCAGCGGUCCAUCAGCUUCCGCACGGAGACCGCCCGCCUGUUCAGCUUCACCCCUCGCGGCCGCGGCGCCGGCGGAGCGUCCCGGCGCCCCCGCGGAGGCAGCAGCCGCCUCUGGAGCGAGACCUACGAGCGCGGGACCCGCCACCAGCUCUGCGCCCGGGAAGUCAAACGGCAGGAGGUGAUCUUUGAACUGAUGACUGGAGAGCAGCAGCUGGUGGAGGACCUGACCCUGGUGAAAAAGAACUACUACGAGCCCAUGCAGACCCUGGCCAUCUUGUCGGAGACGGAGCUACAGCAGAUCUUCGGCACACUGGACGACCUGAUUCCCCUCCACCAAGACUUGCUGAGCCAGCUCCAGUGUGCGCGGCAGGAGGACGGAACAGUGUCUGAAGCCGGACGUAUUCUGCUCGGCUGGCUUCCUGGCCUGCGAACCUACAGUUCCUACUGCUGCAAUCAGGUAGCAGCCAAGGUGCUACUGGACCACAAGAAGCGGGAGCGGCCGGUGGGCAACUUCCUGCGGCUCUGCCAGGAGUCCAGCUUCAGCCGCCGCCUCGACCUCUGGAACUUCCUGGACCUGCCCCGCAGUCGCUUGGUCAAGUACCCGCUGCUGCUGCGGGAGCUGCUCCGACACACGGCAGCCGAACAUCCCGACUGGGACCCUCUGCAGGAAGCGAUGACGCUGUCGCAGGAUAUCGUGAGCACCAUCAACCAGAAGACGGGAGAGGCCGAAUGUGGCUACUACCAGCAGCGGCUCCUCUAUCUGGACGAAGCCCAGCGGGCUCCGGGCAUCUCCCGUUCCCGCCUGCUACACUGUCACGGGGAGCUGCGCAACAACAAGGGGCAGAGGCUGCACGUGUUUCUCUUCGAAGAGGCGCUGGUGGUGACGCGGCUGGUGAGCCAGGAGGAGCAGCCCGGCUUCCAGGUCUACCGGCAGCCCCUGCCCCUCGACCAGCUGAUCCUGGAGGACCUGCCCGACGGGGAGGCGCGGCUGGGGACCUCCAUCCGCGGGGCCUUCACCCCGGGCGGCGAGCGAGCCAAGAACAUGUUCCGGGUGAGUUUCCGGGAGGCGGGCCUGGGCCAGGCCCACACGCUGCAGGCCAACGACGCCUUCAACAAGCAGCAAUGGCUGUCGUGCAUUCGCCAGGCCGUGGACGGACGCCCCGAGCGGGGCCCCGCCUCGCCCCCCGGCCCCGAGGCCGCCGACUGCUCCCUCGCCCCCCUGGCCCGGCUCAGCCUGGACGGACGCCGGGCCUCCUCCUCCAUGGACGUCAGUUAGAGGGCGGCGGCGGCGGCGGGACUUGUAUUUAUUGGGCCGCGGGGCGGCCCCGCUCCUCCUCCUCCUCCUCCCUCCGUCUGGGGGGAAUAAAACCAGCUGGCCAUGUC